GGGCGAUAAAACUAUAACGAUAUGUAGACACGUAAUCAAUAUCAAUAGAAAAUGCGAUCGAUAGAACGUUUUGAUAAUUUUUUUUUCCUCGUUGGAAGAAACUGGAGCAAAGAGUCUAGCUACGCCGGCCGCUAGCAUACGAAUCUGCCAAAGGAGUUAAUUAAAUGUGAGAAAAAAUAAACAUUUUGAUUGAUUAUUAAUUUUAAGAUCAUUUGAUUUGAUAUUAUAUAUCCUAGUUUAUCUAUGUUUUCACCAAUGAAAAUGUUUUGAUUGAAAAUUUAGGGAAAAAGACAUCAACAAAUCUUGAAGUGCCACAGUGUAUUCAAGUAGAAACAAAUCAAAGAGGUGAGCAGGUUUUAAUUGAUUCUUCAUUGUAAAUGAUUAAACAAAGUCCGGCUGCUCCUCUUCCUGGAUUGUAUAAAGUCUGAUCACCCUCCCUCUUCUUCCUGCUCUCAAACACAGCGAGCUCCACCCUGUCCACAGGUUUCCUGGUUCCCUCCCCUUUAGAUUUACAAGUUGAAGAUGGGUGGAACCAACAUGUGGUGAAGUGUCAGAGCUGACAGGCCCCGUUCACUGUGCAGACACAUGUUGUUGAGAUCAGAGAUCAGACUUCAGUUUCACUUCUCAGACACUGAAACUCAGUCGUUCGUCACUGAGAGGUGAAAUGUCGCAGAAAGGAGUUCAGCUGGAGCGGGAAUCCCUCUCUUGUUCCAUCUGUCUGGAUCUAAUGAAGGAUCCGGUGACUAUUCCCUGUGGACACAGCUACUGUAUGAGCUGUAUUAAAACCCACUGGGACAAUGAGGAUGAGAAGAGGAUCUACAGCUGCCCUCAGUGUAGACAGACCUUCACACUGAGACCUGUCCUGGUGAAAAACACCAUGUUGGCUGAUUUAGUGGAGCAGUUGAAGAAAACUGGACUCCAAGCUGCUCCUGCUGAUCACUGCUACGCUGGAGCUGAAGACGUGGCCUGUGAUUUCUGCACUGGGAGAAAACUGAAAGCCGUCAAGUCCUGUUUGGUUUGUUUGGUCUCUUAUUGUGAGAAAGACCUCCAGCCUCAUUAUGAUGUUCCUCCGUUUAAGAAGCACAAGCUGGUGGACCCCACCAACAAGCUCCAGGAGAACAUCUGCUCUCAUCACGAUGAGGUGAUGAAGAUGUUCUGCCGCACUGAUCAGCAGUGUAUCUGUUACCUCUGCUCUGUGGACGAACAUAAAGGCCACGACACAGUCUCAGCUGCAGCAGAAAGGACCGAGAGGCAGAGAGAGCUCGAGCUGAGUCGACAACAAAUCCAGCAGAGAGUCCAGGACAGAGAGAAAGAUGUGAAGCUGCUUCAACAGGAGCUGGAGGCUGUCAAUGGCUCUGCUGACAAAGCAGUGGAGGACAGUGAGAAGAUCUUCACUGAGAUGAUCCGUCUGGUGGAGAAAAGAAGCUCUGACGUGAAGCAGCAGAUCAGAUCCCAGCAGGAAACUGAAGUGAAUCUAGUCAAAGAUCUUCAGGAGAAGCUGGAGCAGGAGAUCACUGAGCUGAAGAGGAAAGACGCUGAACUGAAGCAGCUCUCACACACAGAGGAUCACAACCAGUUUCUACACAACUACCCCUCACUGUCACCACUCAGUCCGUCUACACACUCAUCCAGCAUCGACAUCCAUCCUCUCAGGUACUUUGAGGCUGUGACAGCAGCUGUGUCAGAGGUCAGAGGUCGACUACAGGACGUCCUGACCGAGUCAGAGACAAACAUCUCACGGACAGUGACUCAAGUGGAUGUUUUACUGCCACAACCAGAGCCCAAGACCAGAGAGGAAUUCUUAGCAUAUUCACAGGAAAUCACACUGGAUCCAAACACAGCAAACACAUAUCUGUUAUUAUCUGAGGGAAACAGAAAAGUAACAUAUAUGACAGAAGAACAGUUUUAUUCUAGUCACCCAGACAGAUUAACUGCUUGGCCUCAGGUCCUGAGUAGAGAGAGUCUGACUGGACGUUGUUACUGGGAGGUGGAGUGGAGAGGAGGAGUUAUUGUAGCAGUCGCAUACAAGAAUAACUUCAGAGCAGGGGGCUCAGGAAAAUGUUUAUUUGGAUUAAAUGACAAAUCUUGGAGAUUGGAUUGUUUUAAAAACAGUUAUAACUUUUGUUACAACAGUAUCAGAACUGCAGUCUCAGGUCCUCGGUCCUCCAGAGUCGGAGUGUACCUGGAUCACAGUGCAGGUGUUCUGUCCUUCUACAGCGUCUCUGACACCAUGACUCUCCUCCACAGAGUCCAGACCACAUUCACUCAGCCGCUCUGUGCUGGAGUUUAUCUUUAUGAUGAAGGAUUCACAGCUGAGUUCUGUAAACUCAAAAACUCAGACAGUCGUUCGUCACUGAGAGGUGAAAUGGCGCAGAAAGGAGUUCAGCUGGAGCGGGAAUCCCUCUCUUGUUCCAUCUGUCUGGAUCUACUGAAGGAUCCGGUGACUAUUCCCUGUGGACACAGCUACUGUAUGAGCUGUAUUAAAACCCACUGGCACAAAGAGGAUGAGAAGAGGAUCUACAGCUGCCCUCAGUGUAGACAGACCUUCACACUGAGACCUGUCCUGGUGAAAAACAUCAUGUUUACUGAUUUAGUGGAGCAGUUGAAGAAGACUGGACUUCAAGCUGCUCCUGCUGAUCACUGCUACGCUGGAGCUGAAGAUGUGGCCUGUGAUUUUUGCACUGGGAGAAAACUGAAAGCCGUCAAGUCCUGUUUGGUUUGUUUGGUCUCUUAUUGUGAGAAACACCUCCAGCCUCAUUAUGAUGUUCCUCCGUUAAAGACGCACAAGCUGGUGGACCCCACCAAGAAGCUCCAGGAGAACAUCUGCUCUCGUCACGAUGAGGUGAUGAAGAUGUUCUGCCGUACUGAUCAGCAGUGUAUCUGUUAUCUCUGCUCUGUGGAUGAACAUAAAGGCCACGACACAGUCUCAGCUGCAGCAGAAAGGACCGAGAGGCAGAGAGAGCUCGAGCUGAGUCGACAACAAAUCCAGCAGAGAGUCCAGGACAGAGAGAAAGAUGUGAAGCUGCUUCAACAGGAGCUGGAGGCUGUCAAUGGCUCUGCUGACAAAGCAGUGGAGGACAGUGAGAAGAUCUUCACUGAGAUGAUCCGUCUGGUGGAGAAAAGAAGCUCCGACGUGAAGCAGCAGAUCAGAUCCCAGCAGGAAACUGAAGUGAGUCGAGUCAAAGAUCUUCAGGAGAAGCUGGAGCAGGAGAUUACUGAGCUGAAGAGGAAAGACGCUGAACUGAAGCAGCUCUCACACACAGAGGAUCACAACCAGUUUCUACACAACUACCCCUCACUGUCACCACUCAGUCCGUCUACACACUCAUCCAGCAUCGACAUCCGUCCUCUCAGGUACUUUGAGGCUGUGACAGCAGCUGUGUCAGAGGUCAGAGGUCGACUACAGGACGUCCUGACUGAGUCAGAGACAAACAUCUCACUGACAGUGACUCAAGUGGAUGUUUUACUGUCACAACCAGAGCCCAAGACCAGAGAGGAAUUCUUAACAUAUUCACAGGAAAUCACACUGGAUCCAAACACUGCAAUGACACGUCUGUUAUUAUCUGAGGGAAACAGAAAAGUAACAUUUAUGAAAGAAGAACAGUUUUAUUCUAGUCACCCAGACAGAUUCACUGUUUGGCCUGGGGUCCUGAGUAGAGAGAGUCUGACUGGACGUUGUUACUGGGAGGUGGAGAGGAGAGGAAGAGUUAAUGUAGCAGUCACAUACAAGAAUAUCAUCAGAGCAGGGAUCUCACAGGAAUGUGCAUUUGGAUUCAAUGACAAAUCUUGGUCGUUAGAUUGUUUUAAAAACAGUUAUAACUUUUGUUACAACAGUAUCAUCACUCCAGUCUCAGGUCCGGUGUCCUCCAGAGUCGGAGUGUACCUGGAUCACAGUGCAGGUGUUCUGUCCUUCUACAGCGUCUCUGACACCAUGACUCUCCUCCACAGAGUCCAGACCACAUUCACUCAGCCGCUCUUUGCUGGAGUUCAUCUUUAUAAUGUAGGAGUCACAGCUGAGUUCUGUAAACUCAAAUAAGACCUGAGUCAUUUAAAGAGCAGUGAGUUAAACUCUGCGUUUAAACCUUUUAACUUCUUUUCUCUCAUGUUUGUGGCUCAAAGCUCAUCGUUGUUGUUGUUGUUGUUGUGACAUUUGUGGCUCUGCACAGAGAUCAGCUGUCAAUCAAACACUGUGCUUUGCCGUCUCCUCAUUCGUUGUUCUGUCGAUGUUUGAGUUCGUCGAGUCGGAGCUGGAGCCGUGGACGAUCUCACUGCUCACGUUGAUGUUCGUUCACCUCCACUGACUCGUCUCCACUUGAGAAUAUAAACGUGCCUGUGCUCUAAACGUUUAAUGGGACUUUUUUCUGAAUAGUCAUCAUACUGAUCAUUAACAGAUUGAAUACAUUUGAUGCUCUGAUGAAGAAUGAAAAGGUCCAGUGUGAUUUCGGUUUCAGAGCUUUUUUCCCCUCUGGAAACAGCUUCCUGCUGCUGUUAUUAAAUCAAACUUUGUAAUGUGAAAAUUCUACUGUCACUCAACGUCGUUUAUUUCUUCACUUUCCCUCACACAAGCAGUUUAAUGAACAAAAACCAAUCAACCUUCACCAUGUUGGUGGCAGAGCAGGAAACAGCCACACAAGUCAUUUGGAUCAGUUGUGUUGGUGUUUUACUACACAAAUGUUCUGUUGUGUCAUUUAGCUGUGAUGACUUGUUGGACAUAAUAGCAAUGUACCACACACACAAUAUGUUUUCCUGUGUAUGAUAUCAAAACAACAACAGCAGCUUGAUUGUCUGAUAAAAUGUUUAUAAAACGACCAACGUUGACUUGAUGUUGAAAUUAUUCUUCACCUUGGAAACAUUGCUUGUCAAACAAAUCUCCCCACCAGGUCCAAUCUGUUGCUAUACUGUCUCAACACCAAUGAGAUUUCCUUAAUAAUCAAUAUGGGUUUUUUUAUAUUUAAUGACCUCUGACACGGAGGUUAUGUUUUCACACGUAUCCCUUUGUUCCUUUGUUGGUCAGAUUAAUUACUGCUAAUCAGAUUUUCAUGAAACCUGGUGGAAAGAUGGGACAUGGGCCAAAAAAAAGAUCUCUUACAGUUUGGUGUUGAUCUGAUCAAUGACACUUAAAAAUAAAAUCAUGUUCUUAAAUAUUGUGAGACGAUUUUACCACAUUUUCACUGAUUUCCCUGGAAAUGAUUCACGGGUCUUGAUGAGUAAAUCAGGUAUAUUUCAGGGACUGAUGAGUAUGAGUGUGUACAAUGUGAUGUGGAUCCAGAUCAAGAUGUAACUGUGCUUCACGUGAGGACUGUUGGGCCUCGGCUGAGGUUCGCUCUCUCCUGAGUUAUAUUCCAGCUCUUUGAACACUGUUCUGUUUGACCUUGUGUUGCUGACGCUCAGGUUGAACACAGAUUUCAUCCUGUACUGUUUCCAUGUUGAGUGCAAGAGUGUGAUCUACUGUAAGAUGACAAGUUUGGAAGAAAUUGAUAAAUCAUAUUAUCAAUAAAGGCUUUUCUUUUAAAGAAUGAAA